AGAAUUGCAUUCCACCUGCAGUAACGAAAGCAAGAGCAGGGAAAGAGAAAAGGAGCGGGAAUGCAGUGUCUCGGCUCAUAUGUCCACCUUCUCCUCUUCCUGGGGGCGUUUUCUGCAGGUACAGUUGAUGGAGCCUGCGAUCCUAAAGCUGCUGAGAUCGUAGGAGGCAGUUAUAAUCUCCUGAAAGAUGGAACCACCUUGAUCUAUGACUGUCCUCAGGGACAGUAUCCCUAUCCGACACAAUUCCGGUUUUGUAAGGAUGACAACCAGUGGAGCCCCUUGACGGGCAGGGACGGCAGGACUGUUGAGCAGGCUGAGUGUCGAGUCUUCCGGUGUGUCAGGCCUCUAGAAUUUGAAAACGGUGCCUUUGAGACCUUCCAGCAAUUUUACAACGUAAGCCAGAAGCUGAAGUUCAGUUGCUAUGACGGACACAAGUUGCGAGGGUCCCAGAUACGUACCUGUCUCCCCAACGGGAAAUGGAGUGGAGAAACAGCCGUAUGUGAUGAUGGAACUGGCCAUUGUCCUGACCCAGGAAUUCCCAUUGGUGUUCGAAAAUACGGCACGGAGUAUCAAAUAGAUAGUAUGGUUCGCUACCAGUGUUCUCGAGGGUUGUCUCUUAUCGGAUCUAGGGAAAGAGUUUGCCAAAAAUCAGGAAUCUGGAGCGGAUCAGAACCAGAAUGUCGAAGCUCAUUCACUUUUGAUUCUAAAGAAGAAAUCGUCAGCAAGUUCCUUCCAUCCCUCCUUGAAGUUGCUUUGUCUGCCAGCCAAGGAGCAUCAGCUAACAACAAAAGUGACUCACUUAAUAUCUACUUUCUCAUUGAUGCCUCAGAAAGCUUUGGCCGAACAAGGGUCACAAAGGCUAAGGAAGCAUUGCUGAAGUUAGUCGAGAAGAUCUCCAGCUAUGACCUCCUUCCCAAAUAUGGCAUUGUGACUUUUGCCACCGAAAGCAGAAUGGUUCUGAGUACAACUUCUCCACAGAGUAGUGAUGCUCGCUGGGUGUCCGAACUGCUGGACACCGUUAGCAUCGAUGUGCAUGAGCUGAAGCCUGGAACCAACAUCGCGAAUGGCGUUCAAUUUGUCUACGAGAUGAUGAUCAUGCAGGACUUGGAAGAGAAGCGACGGGGGCUGAACCCCACUCCUGUGUCCACCACAGCCCAUCAUAUCAUUAUCCUCCUAACGGAUGGAAACUACAACUUGGGGGGGCCCCCGUUUAUUGUCAUCCAACAAAUAAAGGAGUUUCUUAACAUUGAGGGAUCUUCCCAAAACUCUCGUGAUGAUCAUUUGGACAUUGGCGAAUCUUCCCCAAACCCUCGUGAUGAUCAUUUGGAUAUUUAUGUCUUUGGUAAUGGCCAUGAACUCAACAUAGAAUCUAUUAAUGAGAUGGCUUCUCACAAACCCAACGAGAGACACAGCUUCAUUUUGAAGGACUUGAGUGAACUGCAAGAGGUCUUCGAGAAGAGUCUGGAUGAUGGUGAAUCUUUGCCCAUGUGUGGUUUCUCACCGGGAGAAGAAGCAGUAGAUGACUAUGAAAAGUAUCCCUGGUUUGCAAGGAUCGUCAUUAAUGAACCGCGGCAAGAAAUCUGCAAGGGAGUCGUUGUCUCUGACCGGGACAUCUUGACAGCAGCGCACUGCUUGGCUGGAAUUAAUGGGAUCGAAGAUAUCAGCGUCGUCCUUGGAACCACCGACUUUGCAGUAGCUGAAAUCCGACGCCACCCAGAAUACAAUAGUCAGAAAGUGAAAAAUAAGGGCACUCCAGAGUUCUACGAUUAUGACGUUGCUCUGGUCAAACUCAAAGAAAAGCACCUUCCAUCUUUUGCAAGGCCAGUCUGCCUACCAUGCACAUUAGAAACCACUCGGAUUCUGAGAAAGCCACAUCCACAGACCACAUGCAAGGAUCACGAGGAAGAACUCCUGUAUGAUGGAAAUAUUCCUUCUCUUUUCAUCACCCCCUGUGAAAACAGCAGUGGCCAGAAAUCUGGAUUGCUCCAGAGAAAUGUGUGGAUCAAGAAUGGAGAAAAGAAAAUGGCCUGCAACAUGGAUGCUGAAAAAGCCAAACAAUACAAGAACGUUGCAAAUAUCUCAGAGGUGAUGAACGAACACUUCCUUUGCACAGGAGGCACUGAUCCACGAGAGGACCCCAACGUUUGUUCACAUGAUUCUGGUGGGCCUCUCCUCAUUCAGAGAAGGCUACGUUACGUCCAGUUGGGUGUGAUCAGCUGGAGCGUGGUUGACACUUGCAAAGGCAGUGGGUCAUUAUUGUGCGACUUGGAGCCCGUCAAGCAGAAGUCUCUUCCCCACGCUAGAGAUUUCCACAUCAACAUCUUCAAAAUUCUACCUUGGCUCAAGGAGCAAUUGGGGACAGAGGUGGAGUUCUUGUAAAUUCGCUUUUCUCUUUGCUUUGUUUUGAAUAAAUGGAUCACGAAUUUCCGCAUCCUUAAAACUGAA